ACCAGUAAUUUCCACACUAGCAACAACCACUAGAGAAGUGAUUGAAGAUCUUUGAAUCUCUCACAACGAUCUCUCAUCUCGUCGCUUUCGAAGCCUUCUCCAAGAACUGGUGACAUCUGCAGAUUCUCAUGUUGUUCCCCACCAAAACUGCUUUUUUCCUGUUUCUGUGGAGAUCAAUCCAAGAGACGUGGCGAGUCUUACGGAAUGUCUUCUCUUUAAUAGAGUCUCUGAUCUCAUCUUCGAAACACUUCUUCUUCCUCAACCAUCCUCGAGACAAUAUCUAAGACUUCAUAGAUCUUGUUAGUCUCGACGUGGGAUCUAUCUCCGUUUGUUAAUCUUCAAACCGGUGGUUCAAGUGAGUGUUUUUCAAUAUGCCAGUUUAGUAUUUUAGUUUUAAUACGUGGACUCUCUUUUAAUUAAAGAAGGUUAAAGCCCUUUCUUUUUCAACAAGGAAAAGGUCAAUAUUUUCUCUAGGGUUCUUUAAACGACUUAAAGUUAAAACCCUAGUUGAAGACGAAUCCUACAAACACUGAAACAGAAACCCUAAGAGCAAACAUGACGAAUAAUCCUAUAGCUCCACAGCCUCGUAAGAAAAAAAAGAAGGCGAAGCCUCCAUCGUUUUCAUCAAUCCCAGAUGAUGUCAUUGUGAACGUCUUAGCUCGGAUCUCGAGUUCUCACUACCGUUCCCUCUCUUUAGUCUCCAAGAACUUCUACUCUCUUUUCUCUUCUCCAGAUAUCUACUUUGCUCGAUCCCUUAUCUGUAACACAGACCCACGCCUCUACGUGGGCCUAUGGCUACCCAAUCCCUCCAGCCAUCAUAGCUGGUUCACUCUCCGCUACCGUCAGGGUCAAAACAGUUUUAUACCCUUUGAGUUAAGUUUAGUACCGGUAAAAGUGCUCUCUUCCUCGUAUUCACCCGACCGGUUAAACUCAACCACUGUAGCCGUCCGUUCCGAAAUCUACCAGAUAGGAGGAAGCAACGAGGAGAAGCGGACCAAAGCUGUUAGAGUUCUUGAUUGUCGAAGUCACACGUGGCGACGUGCUCCAGACAUGAAGGUGGCUAGGAAAGGCGCAAUGUCUUAUUUUUUAGAUGACAAGAUAUAUGUAAUAGGAGGAUGCACAAGAACAGAGGAAACCAUGAGUUGGGGUGAGGUUUUCGACCUGAAAACUCAGACUUGGAAGCCACUGCCUAAGCCUCCUAGUGAUGAUGACGUCCAUUCGUAUCACAAUGGUGUAGUUUAUGGAGGAAAGCUUUACGUUUUCACGAUGAACAACAACAAGUAUGCAUAUGAUCCUGAAGAAGAAAGAUGGGUGCAAGAGGCGGGGGUUGUGGGUCUAGGACGUAUAACUGGACCUUGGUGCGUUAUAGGAAGUGUAAUAUUUGCUGAACAUGACCGUAUACUCAAGUGGUGUAACCCAAGGAACGGAAUGUGGUCAGUGGUUCAUGGUUUAUAUUGGAUAGAUGUGUACGCGAAACGUGCUAACGAAUACAGAACGAUUGAGUUAGUUAACCAUGGUGGGAAACUGGUAAUAAUAUGGGAUGAGUGGAACAGGGAGCACAAGAGUAUAUGGUGUGCGGUGAUUAGCUUUGAGAAACGUUUGACUGAUAUGUGGGGGAAGGUCGAACGGUGCAAUGUUGUUUUGGAUUCAGUCCACAAGUCAUAUAAGCUCUCAAGCUGCCUAUCGGUUUUGGUCUGAAACUCAUAUUAUAUUUGAUUUCAACAUAUUUAUAUUUCUAAUCAGAUGAUAUUAUUCACUU